ACGUGCCUGUUGUUUAGGGAGUGCUGCUACCAGGGUCGAACUGGCCAAGGUUGGACGGUCAGGUAUAAGAAGUAAAUGCAGGGGACUGGGGGGCAGUAGUUGGUGACAGUUGGUGUAGGGUUUAUUGGUUGAAUAUAAUUUUUUUAACGAAUAAUGAGAUAUUUUGUAGUACUCGCGGCGCUAUUAGGCGUGGCCUUAGCCCAAAGUAACAGCAAUUAUCGUGGCGAUCCCAGAAACGCCGCUAUCUUAGCUGAGCAAAGAUAUCUCGUAGCUGAUGGAAGAUUUGGUGCUACUUACUCCCAAGAAGACGGAGUCAAUUAUAAAGAAGAGAGCGACCCUGAUGGUACAAGGAAAGGAAGUUAUUCUUAUGUGGAUCCAAAUGGACAAAGGCACACCAUCAGUUUUACCGCUGGCAAACACGGUUUUAUGGCAACCGGUGAUGGAAUCCCCCAACCACUACCAACCACUUUGCCAGUAGCUCCUCAACCCCAAUACCAGCCUCAACCCCAAUAUAACCCUCCAGACUACCAACCACCUCAACAGAGCAGAGCACAAGCCCAACCACAAUAUCAGCCCCAAGCUCAGCCUCAAUACCAACCACAGCCCCAGUACCAACCUCAGCCUCAAUACCAACCUCAGCCACAAUAUCAGCCUCAACCUCAAUACACUACUACUACCCCAGCUCCCCACAGGUUCUAUCCACCCGGUAAACUGUCCUUGAACAGAUUACCUGACGGUUUCAGUUUUAGCUUCAAUAAGGCUUAAGUGUUUUUUUUUUAAUUAAAUAUCUUAUGUAAAAUCUAUAAUAUUUUCUUUUGUGGCAAUGUGAGUAUUAUUUAUUACUGUGUAAAUAAGAAUAAAUAUGCUGUGAGACUGAACAAAUUAAUAAGUAAUUUGUUUAAUUUGUAAUGAGUGUAGUAAUAUGAAAAAUAAAACUAAUUAUUUUAUAA